UCUCCAACCCUAGCUAUCCCCUCUCGCCUCUCACUCAUCUUCUUCGACUCAUCUGCCCCGAUUUGUCCGAUCGUCUGAGAAAAUGCCGUUCAAGAGAUACGUUGAGGUUGGACGAGUUGCUCUCGUCAACUACGGCAAAGACUACGGCAAGCUCGUCGUUAUCGUCGAUGUCAUCGACCAAAACAGGGCUCUGGUUGAUGCACCUGACAUGGUGAGGACCCAAUUGAACUUCAAAAGGCUAUCGCUCACCGAUAUCAAAAUCGACAUCAAAAGGGUUCCGAACAAGAAGACUCUGAUUGCUGCAAUGGAGGCUGCUGACGUAAAGAACAAAUGGGAGAAGAGCUCGUGGGGCAGGAAGCUGAUAGUGCAGAAGAGAAGAGCUGCACUUGAUGAUUUUGAUAGGUUCAAGCUUAUGUUGGCAAAGAUCAAGAGGGCUGGAAUCAUCAGGCAGGAGCUAACGAAGCUCAAAAAGGAGAGUGCAGUCUGAACGCAGUCCCUGUUAACAUGUCUCGGCGAGUUUAUGUUUCGAUUCGUAGUUACGAGUGGAAAUUUUAAACCUUGUAUGGAUUUCUUUGAAAUGAAACACAUCCGACGAAUUUUCGAUCACAAAUUAAUCCUCCGUUGUGUUAAAUCAUAGUUUUCACUUUCUAAGACCUGUUUGAUCUCGUUUUUAGAUAGAUGAUCCGACUCAUCUGAUAAGCCUUUGGUUGUGCAGAAUUGGUGGCAUGUUUCCCCUGCUGCGUUGUUUUCUUAUAAAGACCUAUCUAUGAAAUUGCCCUGAUCUGAAUGUGAAAUUUCUAAAUCAGUGGAUUCUUCUUC